AUUAUUGAUAUAAUUUUGUAUUACAAACGGUAUUCUGUCACGCUCGUGCAGCAUAAGCGUUUUGAUACCUAGACGCCGGUACAGCAUUAAAAUAGUAUGUUGUAUGCUAGCUGUUUCCAGCAGUAGGUAGCCGAUUAUUAGCCUCAACAAAUGAAUAACUGACUCGUGUCAAUAAGCUAAAACAAGCUAGUCUUCAGGAUAAAAUGUCGUGGUUCGGUCACGUUAGUCAAGGCUCGAACCACCAGCAGCAGCAGCCUCAAAACAGCCUGUACAGCAGUCAGUGUUCCCGGCUGGGAGGAUCGACGGAGCUGAAUCGCACACACAACUGGUCCGGAUGUUCGUCUCCCACCGCCGAGGACUUGCCAUCUCUUCCUCGAUGUUCAGUCAGUCUUCCCAGCCUCGAGGACCUAGCCUGCGCUCGAGAGUCGAAGCCCAUCUCUUAUGUAACCCUUCAGGAGCAGAUGUGCGUCUUGAGCUGGUUUCAGGGCUGGAACAUCCCCCAGAGAGAGCGGUUCCUGCAGGACAUGCUCGGGAAAGCUGUGCCUGGGAAAGUCUGCACCCUCCUGGAGUCACUCAGCGGUCUCCAGGUUAAGGACAGGCUGCCAAACAUCUUUGAAUGUCAGCUGCGCCUGUGGACCCAGUGGUUUGACUCGUGGGGUGAAGACGAGAGAAAUCAUUUCCUGCACAUGCUGGAGGAGCAGGACCCGGUGUUUGUCGCCCAUUUUUACAGGAGCGUAGCAGGUACAGCUGGAAGAGACUGACGGACUGGAGGAAAAAGUCUCACUGGAGUUAGUGCACAGAUUGUUACAGGAGCAACAACAUUCAUAAUUGUUGUUUUUUGUUUUGUUUUUAAGGCGAUAAGAAAUAUUACAUUUGUAUUCAAUUCAAGAUGUCUGUUUUUGAGAAACAUGCCUAACAGGGAUUGUACCCAUUUUUGAAACCAAUUCAAAGUGGAGGGCUUAAAUGAUAAUCAAUUGCAAAUUGCUAAUAUUCUGCUCCUUGUAGAUUCUCAGGGGUGCACCAUAUAUUGUACAGGUUUAUAAGAGGUUCACAACAUUGUGUUUAAUGUGCAAAUCAUGGCUGAAGCUGUUAUUUUGU